AUCUAAGAAGGGUGCACAAAAGAAGAGUCAGCUUGCCAGGAACAGGGAAGUCUAGAUGAGGACUGACAGCAGUUCCCAUCUCUUGCUUAACUUCACUGCAAUACUGAACUGGGUUUACCUUUUAAACUACAGCUUCAGACCUGAGGAGUUUUAGCACCGGUGCUGAAAAGGAUCAGAGGUCUGACAACAUCCGCCAUCACUCAGAGCACAUCGUCGACCAAUACCACAGUCCCUAAUCUGGAUUAUCACAUUGCUUGUUGGAAUAUCAUCUCGAGAGGAUCAAGCAGUUGAGGAACCCUGUAUGUAUGGACUCACAAACCAACAAUGUCCCCAUUCUGCAAGCUAAUUUUUUAAUUAAACUUCUCAGCUUUGAACUCAUCCCAGCCUCAAAAAGUCUUUCUCUCAGCCACACUGUUAAUCAUCCCGCUUGCAGUCCCUGAAACAAGGACCUGGUGGUUACAAGGCAAGGGUCAGGAGGUUACUGGGUUGAGAAACAUCGCUCAGCUCUAGAGCUCGCUUUUCAGCAUGUUUUUCAUUGACCCCAAAAGCAUUGCAUUAUAAUGCGCAAAUGGAUGCUGACAUGGAACCUUCAAAGUCUGUUCUCAGGACUCUACCUGCACGCGAUCUUUCUGUUUGGCAGCGUGUGUGUGGUCUACAGUGACUGCACCCCCGAGCAACGCACUGCCAUCAUGAACUGCUCUAAACAUGAGCGCCACACCAGGAACUAUGAUUACAUGGAGGGAGGAGAUGUGCGUAUUCGACAGCUGUUCAGCCGCACGCAGUGGUUCCUCACGAUUGAUGACUCUGGCAACAUUACGGGAACUCAAGAUCCUACCAACUGUUACAGUAUCCUGGAGAUCAGAACGGUGUCUGAGGGGCCCAUACUGGCCAUCAAAGCUGUAAAGAGCCAGUAUUAUAUCUGCAUGAGUAAGGCUGGACAUCUGCAAGCCAAGAAGACCUACAAUAAAAACUGCGACUUUAAGGAGGGUUUCCUAGAGAACCACUACAAUGCUUAUUCCUCUGCAAAGUGGACUGAUAAAGAAAUGUUCAUAGCUCUGUCUCAGAGGGGAAGGCCAUUGAGGGGGAAGAGGACCAGGAAGGAACACAUAGCAUCUCACUUCAUCCCAAUGAAAUGCUGGGACGAGGAGAGGAGAGUGGAGUGAACAACGUAAAGAUUUGUCACAAACUGUGUGAUUUAGGUCACAUAUAUGUAUAUCAUAACAGACACAUGUGGUCUCAUAACUAGCAUCCACUCUCCUAAUAUUCGAAACAACUACAAUCCCCAUCAUACAAGAUACUGAUAUCCCAAACUAUGGAAGCAUGACUAAAAUUAUUUUUGUAUUUUUUGUUGUUUUGAAGUAAAUACUAUAAAUUGCUAUACAGCAGAAGUAUUUUCUUACCAAACCAUAAAAUGAUCAGCAUACAGUCUGGACUGUAUUCUUUACAGAUGAUUUACCACCAAGCUGCCAGAUGAGGAGAUGUAUUUAAUCAAAUAGGUUGAGAGGGGAUAGUUGGUUUGACCAAAAAGCGCUGAAGCAAGCUGGCCUUGUCUUUACCUUCUACUACAACAGAUACAUUCAUACAGAGCUGAAAUACAGGUCCUUCUCAAAAUAUUAGCAUAUUGUGAUAAAGUUCAUUAUUUUCCAUAAUGUCAUGAUGAAAAUUUAAC